AUUUUGUGGGAGAAAAAAAUCUCAAUAAAUCUAAAAAAUUCUUGAGUAAAUAACAGGUUGUUUGGAUGCUGUGAGAGUUGUAUUAAAUCAGUCGAUAAUAGAGUUUGGUCAGCGGUGUUGCCACUCGAGGUACAAACAUACUUUUCAAGAAAGUUAUAGCUCCAAAAAAGACGCAAGAUUUUAAGCGAGAUAAAUAAAGUUAAGAUAAAUGGCAGACAUCCUGUUGAAACAUCUUGAAUCGUGUAAACAUACCUCAAUAAUUGAUGCUGUAAAAGAGAAAUAACUUUAGUGUCAUGGCGUAGAAAGAAUGACUGUAAACGAAUUACUUCUUACUCCAAGUGUAUUAAAAGAAAACGAUAUGUGGAGGACAUCUCGUUCAUUUUCAAGGAUUUUUCCUGUAUUUAUUUUAAUCAGUAUUAUUGGUUUUAUAACACUCACAUAUUAUGUAAAUACACAUGAAAAUAAAAUAAAUAAUACAGAUGAUAAUUUAGAAAAUUUAGCUCAAUUAAUUGUUAAUCAAAAUGACAUGAUAAAUAAAAUAUAUAAAAUAUGUGAUAAUGUAGCAAAAAGUAUAAAUAAUGUUAAUAAUAAUUUACCAAUAAUAUUUGCAAUAACACCGACAUUUACACGUCCAGUACAAAAAGCUGAAUUAACAAGAUUAGCACAAAGUUUUUUAUUAGUACCAAAUUUUUAUUGGAUUGUUGUUGAAGAUUCACCAGUUAAAACAAAACUUGUUGAAAAUUUAUUAAAAGAAAGUGGAUUAAAAUAUAAACAUUUAAAUACAAUAACACCACCAAAUUAUAAGCUAGGUAUUAAUGAUCCAAAAUGGAAAAAACCACGUGGUGUUUCACAAAGAAAUUCAGCAUUAAAAUGGAUAAGAGAUAAUUAUGCUAAUACAACAACAAAUGGAGUUGUUUAUUUUGCUGAUGAUGAUAAUACAUAUUCUGUUAAAUUAUUUCAAGAGAUGAGUAAAAUUAAACGAGUUGGAGUAUGGCCAGUUGGUUUGGUUGGUGGUAUGAUGGUUGAACGACCACUUUGCGAUAAUGCAACAAAUAAAGUUAUUGGUUUUAAUGCUGCAUGGAAACCAGAAAGAGUAUUUCCAUUAGAUAUGGCUGCAUUUGCUGUUAAUUUAAAUGUUAUACUUGAUAAAAAAGAUGCAUGGUUUUCAUUUGAAGCAUUGGGAGGAUAUCAAGAGACACAAUUAUUAGAACAGUUGGUUACAAGAGAUCAACUGGAACCUCUUGCUGACUGUUGUACAAAGGUUUACGUCUGGCAUACGAGAACUGAGGCACCACUAUUGAAUGUAGAAAAAAUGCUGAUAAAAAAAGGUACUAAAUCAAAUAUUGAUAUUGAAAUAUGAUUAUGUUUGACAGUUGAAAUGUUCAAUUGUUAUUUUUAACUUUAUAAAAACCUAUGAUUUUUGAAUAAUUAUUAAUUUUAAAUAAUUUAAUUGCUUAGUACUUAAAAAAUUGUUUUAAACUCAUUAAAGUGAUAUUAUCGUAUACAACAUUGAAUGAAAAUUAUAUACGUAAUCUUUUUUUUUUAAUUCGUAAUAAUGAAAUUUGAUAUUUUAAAUUUUGUAUCCAAUCAAUUGUAAUUAUUAUUAAGGUUUAUUGUUAAUUAAUUAUGAGACUCAUUGAAAACAAAUAAAUUUUACAAAUAAA